AAAUAGCCUCAUGGAAAUUCUAACGCUCUUACCAUUAUCGCAUAAGAGUAAGAUUAACAAUAAGCAUUAGCGGGAAAAUGUUCUUUUUUACGAUGAAAUGUCGUUAAAAAGAUGUUAUUUAAGUAAAAUUCCCCAUACAGAAAUUGCAAAUGCGUGCGCAGGAUGCAAUCGUGCCGGGAUCGGGAUUACAGAACAACAUAACCUUACUAGUUAACCUUAUCACGUAUGAACUUACGUAGCAUAUGACAUACAUUUCUCGUGGAACUUCUUGCCUAAUCACAUUUAUAAACCGGAGAAAAAUUAAAAAGGACGAAAAAUGACAGCAGGAAAAGCAGAUAUUGACAGGUUAACGUUAAACGGAACUGUAGAUGAUGAGGAUAUUGUCACACCCUGGGAUGUUGAAUCUAAAAACGAAAGCGGAAUUGACUAUGACAAGUUAAUCAAAAGAUUCGGAAGCUCAAAAAUCGAUGAAGAAUUGUUGGCCAGGUUCAAGAAGAUUACUGGCAAAGAACCACACCAUUUCCUUAGAAGAGGAAUAUUCUUUUCUCAUAGAGAUAUGCAUACUAUUCUAAAUCUAUAUGAGCAGGGGAAACCUUUUUAUCUGUACACUGGGAGAGGUCCUAGUUCGGAUUCUAUGCACUUAGGACAUCUUAUACCAUUUAUGUUUUGCAAAUGGUUGCAAGAUGCAUUUAAUGUUCCAUUAGUCAUACAAUUAACUGAUGAUGAAAAAGCAAUAUGGAAAAACUUAAAAAUAGAGGAUGCAAUUAAACUAGCCUAUUCCAAUGCAAAAGACAUCAUUGCUCUUGGGUUUAAGCCUGACAAAACCUUCAUCUUUUCCAAUUUAGAGCACAUUGGAAACAAUCCAGCAUUCUACCAAAAUAUGAUUAGAAUACAAAGGGGUGUUACAUUCAACCAAGUCAAAGGCAUAUUUGGAUUUGGAGAUAGUGAUCCCAUUGCAAAAAUUUCAUUUCCACCUACUCAAGCUGCUCCAGCAAUUUCUAGCACUUUUCCCUUCAUUUUCAAUAAUGCAAAAGUUCAAUGUCUGAUUCCAUGUGCUAUUGAUCAGGAUCCUUAUUUUCGAAUGACACGGGAUGUGGCACCAAAGAUUGGCUAUCCAAAACCAGCUUUGCUACAUUCUGUAUUCUUCCCAGCUUUACAAGGCUCAAAAACUAAAAUGUCUGCCAGUAGUGAUAAUAGUGCAAUAUUCUUGACAGACACAGCCAAACAAAUAAAGAACAAAGUUAAUAAACAUGCAUUCUCAGGAGGACAGGCUACAGUUGAAGAGCACAGACAAUUAGGUGGCAAUUGUGAAGUUGAUAUAUCAUAUCAAUGGUUAAGAUUCUUCCUAGAGGAUGAUGAAAAAUUAGAACAACUUAGAAAAGGUUAUACUAGUGGAGAAAUUCUAACUGGAGAACUUAAGAAACAACUAAUUGAUGUUUUACAGCCUUUAGUGGCUACACACCAAGCAGCUAGAAGUAAAAUCACAGAUGAAAUAAUCAGAGAAUAUAUGAUUCCUAGGGAUCUUGGUUUUAUAACAAAUGCAAAAUAG